GGGUCCACCAGCGUUCGCACGUCCAAGACGCCUUGACCCCUCUCGUUUGGCUAUCGCAAAGAACGAAUUCAACAAAAUGAUAGAGUUGGGUAUCAUACGCCCCUCCAAUAGUCCGUGGGCAUCACCUCUCCAUAUGGUACCCAAGAAAAACUCUUCCGAAGUUAGACCUUGCGGUGACUAUAGAGCUCUCAACAGCCGGACCAUACCAGACAGAUAUCCUCUUCCACAUUUACACGACUUUACUCAUAGUCUAUCUGAUGUGUCCAUUUUUUCAAAAGUUGAUCUCGUCCGUGCUUGCCAUCACAUUCCAAUUCAUCCGGACGAUGUUCCUAAAACAGUCAUUACUACCCCAUUUGGACUAUACGAAUUUGUUCGCAUGCCUUUCGAAUUAAGGAAUGCUGCACAGUUUCCAGCGUUUUAUCGACCAAGUGGUACGUGGCUUACCGUUUGUAUAUGCUUACAUAGAUGACCUACUUAUAGCAAGCAAAGAUGAAAAUGAACAUCUAACUCGUCUGAAAAUGCUUUUUGAGAAGCUAAACGAGUAUGGGUUAGCAGUCAACCCUGACAAAUGUGAGUUCGGAAAACAAUCCCUCACCUUUUUAGGUCACGUACUUGACAAUCAAGGCAUCAAACCAGUUCCUGAGGAAACACAAGCUAACAAAACUUAUCCUUUACCUCAUUCAUUCAAGAAACUACGACGUUUCCUUAGGAUGAUCAACUUUUACGGACGUUUCAUCCCGAAAUGUGCAGACAUAGCAAAUCCGUCAACUGAUUUAUUAAGGGGACGAGCUAAAUCAUUAGUAAUGGCACCGCAAGCAAUUCAAGCAUUUGAACAGUUGAUAAGCGCCUCAAGCACCGAGGCAUUACUUGCACGACGAAAGGUUGAUGCACCUUUAGCAGUAAUGACCGACGCUUCUAAUGUAGCAGUAAGUGCUGUACUUCAGCAACGUGUCAAUCAACAAUGGCAAGCCUUUGCGUUUUUCUCAAAAAAGCUAAACGCAACGCAGACAAAAUAUAGCACAUUCGGUAUAGAACUGUUGGCUAUCUACUUAGCCAUCAAGCACUUUCGGUAUAUGUUGGAAGGCAAUUCUUUUACGAUAUAUACUGAUCACAAACUUCUAAGUCCUUGAUGCACAAUCAUGAUAAAUACAGUCCGCGCGAAAUUCGUCAACUAGAAUUCACUUCGCAAUUUGCAGCUGAUAUACGCUAUAGAAAAGGCAAUGAAAAUGAUGCAGCAGAUAGCACUAUCGAGAUUAAAUAUCAAUACCUUAUCGAUCCCUGAUAUAAACUAUCAAGACAUAGCAAAUCAUCAAAAGCUCGAUAGGGAGCUACAAAAGCUUU